ACGCUAACACACCUGUCACUUGUGCUGAACACUGAUAAUCAUACGUGUCCCUGGUGCUGAACACCAUCCAAGCACUGGUAAACACACCUGUCUCUGGUGCUGAACUUUCUGGAUUGGGACGAAAAGACUGACAAAUCUGUGUUCCAUCUUUCUCUUUAAUGACACGAGAAUCUUAAAGUUUUGUUGUGACUAUUUUGUAUGUGUUGUGUUAUACCACAGAUUACCGAUAGAGAGACCUUCAUAACUGCGUAUGUCCGACCGUCAGACACCGGAGGUCUCGGCAAGCUGGUCCGCUGUAAGUUGUACAAGGGCAGAAGCCGUGACGUCAUGAUCACAGCUCUGACUGACUACGGCUGGAAGGACCAGAACACAGUUCUGAAUGACGUCACUGAUACUGAAGACGCAUGGCGCUACAGUUACCUCAUGACCAGCUGUUUCUGGAACCGCCGGGAUCCUUAUCGCCGCUUCGACGAGCUGGCCGAACUGCCGCCACCAGACCCGCUCACCUGGUUGCUCAGGGCUGGCAGGAAUGUCUUUAAAACAGCCACAAGUUACUUCCAGGACGGUGGACGCUCGAUAGGGAAGGCGACAGACCCACGAACGGACGACACCAACACACAAACGACACUGACGAUGACUGUAAAGGCAUACGUGACUAAAACGGUCUUGCCUGAGGACGCUGAACCUGAUAAUCCCAAUGACUCGGUAAAGGAAGAUGACGCUACGAUAGGCUGGUUUGACCAACUCUGCCGCACAGUCGGACACAGCGUAGCCUCGGUGUGUGGGGCAGGUGACGUCACAACAACUGUUGGAACGGGACAGACGAGCGAAGGAAAUACAGAUAUCGGUGAUGACGAGUCCACCACAGGCAGGUGGCACGCCUUCAACUACGUCAUGGAUCACGUGAUCACAGGGUGGGCAGCUGAAGGGGGAGGGGGUUAAGAUGAGUGAUGUAGAAAUGUUAAUAGUUCAAAGAAAAAAGUAUUUUGUAAAAAAAAAAACACAAACAAAAAAUUCAAAAAAAGAGUCUUGGAAUAGCCUCAAGAGGGAAUGUGUGAUAUCUUCCAAGCUACAAUAGUAUUGCCUGAGCUACAUUUAGUUCUUCACAUAAACUGAAACAUUACAGAUCUGAUUUUCAUUUAAAGUAAACCAAUGAAAUAUGUUAUAUUCCCUGGAUUUGCAUCAAGUUUUGACAAAUGUUAUGAAAGAAGAUCUUCCUGCGCUUGUUGGUGUACGAAGAAUAAAAUGACAAUACUUUGUUCAUAUUCAGCAAAUUGUACUUCUGGUGCUACAUGCAUGUUACGUGUGUACAUUGGACAGACAGCACAUCUUAUCAUACCCUACAUUUCUGUCACUGCAUUUUCCAGGCAAGAGUCUAUCCUGGAUUAAGGGCGAGAUUUAUGCUUGUCUCCUAAGUUUAUCUGAGUAUCAAUUCUGUAUGAAGUAACCAAUAGAAAUAAAAUGGAUGUGGAAAGCUUG